AUUUAUAUAUAUAUAUUAAUAUAUUAACUAUGCCGAAUCAGCAUUUCCAAGGAUCAGCAGUCUAAAGCAGAUCACAUGAUUUUCGGCCCAUUUUCCUCUUCGUCACUCAGGGUGGGGGUGGUUUAAACUUCAGAUCUGACAUAUUUUCACCACAACUUCCCUCUUGUCUGCCUCUGAUGUGCCGUUUUACAUCUGUUCACUGAAAGUCGUCUUUGGAGGUGUGCAUCCCGUGAGGUUGUACGCAGAAGCAAAGCCAAGUUUUUAUGAUGAUGAUGAUGAUGAAGGUGGGGUUGCCCUUCUCUCUUCUUUCUAUUUGGCUCAGCUUCGGCAGUGCUGAUGCGAUGAGUUUGAAAGAGCCGCAGAUAUGCUACAUCUUGGACGCGGUACUGUUCAUCUAUGGGAUUGUUCUCACUGUCCUGUACUGCAGAAUGAAGAUGCGAAGUAAACAAUCAGAAAGCUAUUCAGGGAAGAAAGAUGCCGGUGAAGGGCUUUAUGAGGGUCUCAAGCCUCAUGAUCAGGACACAUAUGAGACCAUCAAAAUGAAAAAAGGAAAUAAAUAAGACUCGAAGCAAAAGGAGAGAAGCAAGUUUCUGGACUUAAUACCACUGUCAUCUUAAGCAUCUACCUACUGUAAAUAAGCUGUCAAACAAUUACAAGAAGAAUAUGUUUUGUUUAUACUGUAAUAACUUUUGUUAAUCACUAACAUCAGGCUUUUUGUUUGCUGUUUGUUUGGCAGACGGACUCCAAAUAGAGAUAAUUAAAUAAUCAAACAGAAUGCCAAAGGAACAUGUAUUUUUGUAUGAUCAUUCUGCUGGUUUAAUCAUUUAAAUUUUUUUUUUUUUUUUUUUUUUAUUAAUGUAUUUUUCUGUUCGCCUUAAAACUACAUUUUAAGCUUCUAACAUGUAUACCGCAGCUGCGUGUCACUAUUUUUCGAGGCUAACUUCCUGCUCUAGCUUCUAUAGCAACAUGCCACCAACCCCACAGAGUCCGAGUCAUUUCCUGUUUUAAAGAGUACAUGAGUGGUCUGACAAAAAGCGCAUCUGACUUUGACCACAGGUGUGACAGAUGGAAACAGAGCUGUGUUUCAUUGUAUAUAUGUGAAGGACUUUUUUUUCCAUUUGUUUAAGAAUAAGCUCUCAUAUUGUUUUGCUCUAUGGCAAUAAUAGUUUUUUUCUGCUACAUGUGGCA